ACGAUCGAAAGCACAACCCCCAGUUGUAGCGCCGACGUCGGCACCGAAGUUGAGUAGUUUAAAGGCACACUGUAAAAACUAGUAUGCACAUUUGUAUUUUUUAAUUAAAAAAAAAAGAAACAACCAAAAAGUCUAGUUGAGUCAUUAAAUCCUUUAUUUAUUAAUCAGCGGCACCGUUACCACUGACUAAAACGUAUACAUAUGUAUAUACAUAGAUUUAUGUGUAUAUACGGAGAUAUCAUAUAAAUAAAUAAAAGAGUUAACAAUAUGCAGCGGCAACAGGCUCAAUGGAAGAAAAUCGUAUUUAUAUAUACUUUACAAUUAUUUUCAUAUGGGACACCCGAGGUACGGCUUGUUGCGCCAAACUACGUCAAGUACAAUAAUUCAGCGAUAUUAAUGUGUAAUCACACAGUCGCACCUGAUGAUCUACAUAAAGUAGAGUUCAAAAAAGAUGAGCGAAAGAUUCUCGAAUAUAUACGAGACCGUAAAGAGCCGUUUCGUAAAACUCCACCGCUCGGUGUGGAUUUCGAACAUUCGCUCGAUGGCAAGACAAUCAAACUAAAUAACGUGCGGUACGAGGCGACUGGUCUGUACUCCUGUUUAGCGAGCUCCACCUAUCCUAUUUAUACCGAGAGUUCUAGUGAAGUCAAGUUGCAGGUGAUAGCACCGCAGACGGAAAAUCCCCAUAUAACAUUCAAGAAGGAUGUUUACACAGUAGGAGAAGUUCUCGAGGCAAAUUGUACCUCUUCACCUGCGUAUCCAGUUCCUCAUUUGACGUGGCUCAUCAAUGGAAAAGAGGCAGACAUGACCCUCGUGACAACUUAUCCUCAUCGUCAGCACACGAAGCCCCUGAUGUCAGCUACCUCGAAGCUCGCGAUCAAAGUGUCUGAGCUGCAUGCUGGGGACAAUGGACGUCUUGAAAUUGCGUGUCAAGCUUACGGUGUACGAACAAUUGCGUUGAAUCUCCCAAUCUUGCGAAUUUUUCGUUGCAAAUUCAGUAGAAAAUUCGAAUUCAAAUAUAGAAUAAAUGAUUGGAUAAAAAAACACGAUCUGAAAUCGAUUAGAAUUAUAAUACCAAAGGAUAAGUGUUGAGAUGUCCUCACUGGGGCUCUUCCUGGGAAUCUUUCAAUUAUGUUACUUGACAAGUAGUUCGAGUCGCUCAUUAGACCCGCCAUCCUUAGAGACACCUGCGGAUCGACUCCUGGGAGAGCGGAGAAUAGUCGGUGGAUUUGCGACUGAUAUUAAGUCAUUUCCAUCGAUAGUCUCGAUCCGGAAGCGAUCGUAUGAUCAUCAUCACUGCGGAGGCAGUUACAUCAGCGAAAGAUUCGUUCUGACUGCUGCUCACUGUUUGGUUAGCAAGAAGGAUCACUACUGGACCGUCGAUAUCCCCUGGAUGUUCACCGUUGUGGCUGGAUCUACGACCCUUGGGUAUUCACCCACGUGGCAAAUAUCCGACGUGGAUAAUCUCAUCCCUCAUCCCUUCUUCUCUUUUCAGUCGAUGGCCCACGAUAUUGGACUUAUCAGG